UGGGUGGAUAAGGAGAGAGACUCGAUAAUUAGCAUGAACCAUGAAACUCUCUUUUUCUAAUUUCAACUGUUACAAGACACGACUUAGGUUACACACACCAAAAAUCAAUUGUUCAAAGGUUGAAAUAUAUUGUCCAAAAAAAAAUAACAAAAUUUUGAAAUAUUCGAGUUGCUUUCACCGUGAUUUUCUCAGCAAACAAACAAACAAAAACAAAAACAGAGUUGUUAUGCAUCAAGUCAACAACUCGCCGAACCUAACAUUAACCUAAAGCAACCCACUUUCGUUAUAAUACACUGAUUAAAUAAAAUUUAACCUUUUAUAUAGUUAUUAUUAUAUAGCUCCUCAAAAGUCAAUAAUUGUUAACUUAUUAUAUAUCUAACUAAUCUCACUUCUUCAUCUUCAUCCAUUAUUAUAAACGUCACUUUACUCUUAAACCAGUUUUUUCUCCACCCAAAGAAAAAUGAAGUGCCAAGUUGUUUUAGUCCUCAUCGGAGUAAUCUUCAACAUUUGCAUAGAAGCAGAGACGAUCAAAGAAGAUAAACACACUCUUCUUCAAUUUGUUAGCAACAUCAAUCACUCUCAUUCACUCAACUGGUCACCAAGUCUUUCCAUAUGUACCAAAUGGACCGGUGUUACUUGCAACUCCGAUCAUUCCAGUGUUGACGCUCUUCAUUUAGCAGCCUCGGGUCUACGCGGGCAUAUCGAGUUAAGCACGAUCGCGAGGUUAACCAAUCUUCGGUUUCUCAUUCUCAGUUCUAACAACAUUUCUGGACCUUUUCCUACAACUUUACAAGCUUUGAAGAACUUAACAGAGCUUAAACUCGACUUCAACGAGUUUUCUGGUCAUUUGCCUUUUGAUUUCUCUUCUUGGGACAGUCUAACGGUUCUUGAUCUCUCUAAGAAUCGGUUUGAUGGUAGUAUCCCAUCUUCGAUUGGGAAGCUAACUCGAUUACACUCUCUGAAUCUUGCUUAUAACAUGUUUUCGGGUGAGAUUCCUGAUCUCCAUAUCUCCGGUCUGAAGCUUCUCGACUUAGCGCACAACAACCUAACAGGAACUGUACCAGAGUCAUUGCAGAGAUUUCCACUCUCAGCAUUUGUCGGAAACAAAGUUUCCUCCGGAAAGCUGGCUCCGGUUCAUUCAUCAUUAAGGAAACACACGAAACAUCACAACCAUGCAGUUCUUGGCAUAGCAUUAAGCGCGUGUUUUGCGAUACUAGCUCUGCUUGCUAUCUUAUUGGUAAUCAUCCAUAAUAGAGAAGAGCAAAGAAGAUCUACAAAGGAAAAACCUAGCAAGAGGAGGAAGGAUUCAGAUCCAAACGUAGGUGAAGGAGAUAACAAGAUUGUGUUUUUCGAAGGGAAGAAUCUUGUCUUUGACCUAGAAGACUUGUUGAGAGCUUCAGCAGAAGUUUUAGGGAAGGGCCCGUUUGGAACAACCUACAAGGUUGAUCUCGAGGACUCUGCGACCAUCGUUGUGAAAAGGAUCAAGGAAGUGAGUGUACCUCAGCGGGAAUUCGAGCAGCAAAUCGAAAAUAUUGGCAGCAUCAAGCAUGAGAAUGUUUCCACUUUAAGAGGAUAUUUCUACUCUAAGGAUGAGAAGCUCGUGGUAUAUGAUUACUAUGAACAUGGAAGUCUUUCAACAUUGCUACACGGUCAGAGAGGUCUUAGGGAUCGGAAACCUCUAGAAUGGGAAACUAGACUGAAUAUGGUGUAUGGAACAGCAAGAGGAGUAGCUCAUAUCCACUCACAAAGCGGAGGGAAACUAGUCCACGGGAACAUAAAGUCCUCAAACAUUUUCCUCAACGCAAAAGGAUAUGGCUGCAUCUCUGGAGCAGGAAUGGCUACACUGAUGCAUUCACUACCCCGACAUGCAGUUGGCUAUCGAGCACCAGAGAUAACAGACACAAGAAAAGGGACUCAACCGUCGGAUGUGUAUAGUUUCGGGAUUUUGAUAUUCGAGGUACUAACAGGAAAAUCAGAAGUGGCAAACCUGGUGAGGUGGGUGAACUCGGUGGUUAGAGAAGAAUGGACAGGAGAGGUGUUUGAUGUGGAGCUUUUGAGGUGUACCCAAGUAGAGGAAGAGAUGGUGGAAAUGCUGCAGGUUGGUAUGGUUUGCACGGCGAGAUUACCAGAGAAGAGACCAAACAUGAUUGAGGUAGUGAGAAUGGUGGAAGAGAUAAGACCAGAGAAACUAGCCAGCGGAUACAGAUCAGAGGUUUCCACAGGUGCAACAACAACUCCAAUUGGAAGUCUAUCAGGAUCGCCGUAUAUACUAUGAGAAAGACUAGUCCAUCUUUCCUUAAUGUAUUUGACCAUUCAGAAAAAGAUUUCAAUAUUUCACUCUCAAGAAAGACCAUUAAAGGGACUCUUCACACAUGAAUAUUACUAAUGGUCCCUCCAAAGUGUAUGAACAGCGAGGAAAGUUGAGAUGUAGUCACUUCCACAAAAAUUUGGUCUUGAUACCCCCU